AUAGUUAUGUUGAGUAUGGCAUUGAAUUGUUAUCAAAACCCAGCAAUGAUACCUUUUCUAAUCAUUGUUUUCUCAUUAGGCUUAUACUGUCUGCCAGGAUCCACUGGCACAGAGCCAGUCACUGAGUCACAGUUCAAUGCCAUUAUGUCAUUUUUAACAGCUGGAACCAGGAUACAUCAGCAAGGCAUCUUGUCAUUUUACAAUUAAUAAAGACCUACUUUGACAACAUUGCAAUUCAAAUAAAUAUUGACCAGCCAAUACUCUAUUUUUUCUUAUUCUAAAGGUGGAGAAAGAAGUCUCAUCUGUUACAGAUGCUGACAUUACCUCUGUAAAAGUGUUUUCCUCUGAAUUUGCCUAACUUUAGCAGAUUGGGGUGAUUUUUGUAUGUAAAGGUCUGCUUUAGACUGAGAUUUUAAUUUUUUUCUAUAUUUCUUAAUUUCAGGCAAAGUGAUUCAGCUGUUUUCAAGAAUUAAGCUAAGGCAAAAAAUAGUGUUAAAAGUUAAAAAUUCUAAGAGGAUAAAAAGAUGUAAUUAAGAACUGUCUGUACAAGAACAGAGGCAGAGACCUUGUGGGAAUACAUUCUACAUAGACUUUUACUGGAGAUACUGUGAAAAACUAUUUGGAUGAGCCAUGUUUAAUUAGAAGAACUUUCACAUUGGUAAAAGCCUAUAACUACUCUGAAUUAAAGGCUUUUUUGACUAAUGAGUUUCAGAAUAGCCCACAGAUUCUUCCUUGAAAGAAAUAAACAAAUAGAAUAACCUUUUUAACAACAAAAAAACUUUCAUAGAAAGGAUAAAAUGCAUGAAGAAUCAGGGUUGCAAUCAACCAGGACUGCAUUCUUUGCCUUGUGAUUUACAUGCAUUGCACAAGGGCUUUGCACAGUUUUUAGUCCUCUAAUCACAGAUUCUGUGUCUUUGCUCAUCUGUCUUAAUAAACUUAAAUUGCAGAUGCUUAGGUUAGGUUUAAGGAAAAACAACUUUCUGAUUAAGUAAAGACAGGUGAACACCUGAAAUUCCUUCCUGUGGGAGAUUAUUGAAAUUCCAUUCCUGCCUUUAGCAGAUACCUGUCAGGAAUGGUUUGGGAUUGUGUUACAGAGAUUAAAAACAGUUGAGUCUGCCUCUGAGCAGCAGUAUGUUGGCUUACAUCAGCCUAUGUCAUUGUUUUAAAAGGAAAUCUUCUGUAUGACAUCUCCCUGUAUGAAGUGUUCAGAAGGCACAGAGGCACUCCUACACCUUCUGGCUGUUCUCUCCACCAUGUGAACACUUCCAGGGGUGGGUUUACAUGAAGAAAAGAAUUGACACCAGGAUUUUCUAUUGGACUUGAAACAUGAUUUUUAUAGCAAACUUGCAAUUUAAUAAGUCAUAUCGCACCAAAUAAAGCAAAAAAUAUACAUCUUCAGUUCAAAUAGCACGAUAGUGAUAUUUGAAUAAAAAUGAAACUUACUUGGUGAACUAAAAACCUAAUUCAUUACCAAUAUGUAACGGCAAACAGUAACUAGCUGAAUUUUGAAUCACUUUAACAGUGAUAGGAGCACUGGAUUUUAACAUGCUAUUUCAAACUCAGUUUAGUAGCUAAAUUGUUAUGCUGUGCCAAGUUCAAAGGAUAUGAAACAUUACAUGUACAUGUAGCAACCAAAGAUACCGAUUAUAUUACACUGAUAGAAAUGACUUUUAAAAGAAGUUCCAUCAUGUUGCGUAGGAGUUCAAAUUGGCAAACAAGGUGUUCUCUUAAUUGGUCAUGGCUCUUCACUUUCCCAUCCAUUUUACUGCUCCUGUCCUACUGCCCUUUUUUAAAAUACUUCAAAAUUAGAUUCUGAACAUCUCAGAGAGCAGGCAGUGUAGUAUAUGAUGUCUGAAAUGUUAGGGUUUUUAAACCUGACAUUAAGAGAAUUAUAUGAGAUAAUGUAACAAAACACUAAAAAUAAUCCAUUUGUAAGAAAAUGAAUUGUCAGGGAACAAAAGGGGGCUUAAGUAGGUUUUUCUGCCUCGCAAUCAUUGUUACUGUUCUUUGAGGAAGUGUGGCAUGUGUUUGGGAGGCUCUCUGGGGUAAGUAAUUAUAUCUUUAUAACUUAAUUGACCAUAGGAUUGUGAUAGAAGUCAUGCAUAUUAACAUUUUUUUGUAAGGUUCUUUUAGGGUACAAUCCAGUUAUUCACAGUUGAUGUCAGGGAUUUGAUAGUAACACAGCUAGGAUCUCAGGGACAGACAGGCCUUUCUGAUGGUAAAUUCUUUGUGUUCUUGUGAGUAUUAUUUCCUGCUUCCAAAAUCUGAAGCCAGUUUGGCAAAACUGAUGUUUAAGACUGUGCUGAUCAUGUGAACAAAAUACUUCUACCUAAAUUACUCUGUCUUCUCUCCGGCAGGAAAAUGGUGGUUUCUUGACAGUGGGCUACUAAACAUUACCAGCGUGUCUUUUGAAGAUAGAGGUAAAUACACGUGUGUCGCAUCUAAUACGUAUGGCAGUAUUAACAAUACCGUGACACUGAGGGUUGUUUUUACCUCCGGAGAUAUGGGAAUCUAUUACAUGAUUGUCUGCCUUGUAGCUUUUACCAUUGUUAUGAUACUAAACAUUACUCGGUUAUGUAUGAUGAGCAGUCAUCUGAAGAAAACAGAGAAAGCAAUCAAUGAAUUCUUCAGAACAGAAGGGGCAGAGAAACUCCAGAAAGCCUUUGAGAUUGCAAAGCGUAUCCCAAUUAUCACUUCAGCCAAAACGCUUGAGCUUGCCAAAGUAACCCAGUUCAAGACCAUGGAAUUUGCUCGCUAUAUUGAAGAGCUUGCUCGGAGUGUACCUUUGCCACCUCUCAUCAUGAACUGCAGGACUAUAAUGGAAGAAAUUAUGGAGGUUGUCGGUCUGGAGGAGCAAGGACAGAAUUUUGUACGGCAGACAGCAGAAGGCCAGGAAACCACUGAAACAGAUGAGCUGUAUAUGAUCCCGAAUGCUUUGAAGCGCAGUGACUCUCCCACAGCUGACUCUGAUGCAUCGUCACUUCACGAGCCACCUCAACAGAUUGCAAUAAAAGUGUCAGUUCACCCAUUGUCCAAAAAGGACUGCAUGGACGGUCAGUCACAAGAAAGCAUGCAGUUGGACACCAAGGAGGAAGACACUCCUCAAACACCAGCACUUCCUGCAGAGCCCCCUCCUGAGCCUUCUGCUGAACUCAGUUCUGAUGACACAGCAUUGGCAAAUGACAAAAAUACAUGCGUUAUAUAUGAAAGCCAUGUAUGACAGUUACUCCUGAAUCUAUGCAUAGCAGGAAAAUCAGGUGGAGCUCUUUUAAAAAUACAUAUUGUACUUGCCGCUAAGCCUUACCUGGAGACUAUCAUAGCAAAAGCAUGUAUAUGGAUUAUUUGGCACUUUCUUCUCAGUUUGACUUUAGUUUACCAUGAUGUAUGGCAGAUUAAUUGCUAUGACAUUAAUAUUAAUUGCUCUUUUCAAUUAGGAGUAUUUCCAAGAAACAUUUACCUCAGCAUUUUCUAGGUUGGAGUCACCUGUAGUGGCCUCCUGGAAGUCAUUGGUAGUCUUUGAUAUAGGACACUUGAACUUACUAAACAUAAAACUGGUUUUCAUUUUCCUCCUUCACUCUCAUUAUUAUUUUCAUCUCUUGCAUUUUUGCAAAUAUUAUCUUGUGAAUUUGAAAUACUGCCCAAGAGGCAGCACUCCAGUAGCCAAAUAAAAUCCUAACAGAACCCAUUUACAAAGCCUGUUUGCUCAGCUGCAUUGCGAUUUAGAGGGCUAUUAAAGAAAGUUAAAAUGUUUCAAUUUAAUUUGAGAUGACACUGCAUAGGCACAUGGGAAAUAGUUUUCCCUUUUCCAUGGAAUGAAGAUGCCAACAAUUGUUUUUUUCACAUUGAGAACCAACUUUGAGGUGUAUUUUACAGAUAGGAAAGUCUGUAAACAUCUUACAGAAAGUUGCAGUCCAGCAGCUCUGCAGGGUUUUUUUGCAUAUAUUUGACCAUUUUUUACUUUGCCAGAAGUUUAUAUGGAAAACAGCUGUAAAUAUGCAAGAUGUCUUGUUUUUUAAUAAUUUGGUAAGGAGUAAGUAUGCACUACCUUACUAGAAGAUAAGCAGGUUCCUUAACAGUCCUACAAACACCAGUAAUCAGCUGUUGAAAAGGCUGAAAUGGCAGAAUACCUUUUUACUUGGAUUCUCAGUGUUGUGUAGAUUCAUAUUCUGAAGACCAAGCCUAAAUGAAUCUAUAAGCAUAAGUUUCAGAGUGUUUUAUCCAAACUAAAAAAAAAUUAUAAUCAAGUGUCCUGUGAAAUUACAAUGACGAUCACACAAACUGUUUACUGUGUUAUAAUUGCUUUGGUAUUUUAAGAAUCUCCUACCUAUGUAGGAUGUUCACUGCUCAAGUACAUGUGACUCUACCCCAGUAAAGCUUUAAUGAUCACAGCGAUUGUGGCAUUAAAAAGGAUCAACAUUUAUGCCAGGAAAUGCCAGGAGUGGAAGGGAAGUGAUAAUUUCUAUUGCAGACAGACAAUGAAAAGGACCUUCUCUGCAGUGAGUCUGGAAAGAAAGCACUUACAAGGAGGAGUUCAUGUAGGAUUAAUAGCAUGUUACUUAAUUACCUGAUACAUUUAGUUUGGAACUAAUGAACUAUCACCUUAUAGUUUUUAAGAAGGACUGUAGUGUUAGUAUAGAUACUCAAAAUAAAUCUGGAAUCGAGUAUAUUGCAGAAAAAGAAGUUGCUUAGGUCUAUGGGAAGAUGAUGUGUGGAUGGCUCUCUGGACAUUUUAUUGAAGUAGCCACACAUAAGGUGUCCGUUGGAGGCAAUCAGGUAUAUUAACUGCACGGGUAAUUGAGACCAAACAAAGUCAGUGUUGCAGCUAUCAAAAAAACCCCUUGAUAAUGAACUGAAGUUUUAGGUCAAGUUCCUCAUAUUAAAAUGCAGAGCUUCACUAGCAGUGUAAUACAGGAAUACCCCGUGACUUACGUAGGUGAUGCAGAGAGAAGGCUAUAUUUACCUGUCUGUGGUUAUUAAAAAAAAUUUACAUGUUUAAUAAGAGACUUCAGAUUUUGCAACCAACUUGUGAUAAGGACAGCAUUUAGUUACCUGACGUUUGUGCUCACCACAGUGGCAGGCAUCUACACAAAAUGCAUUUGCACAUGCCCAAAAGGAAACAUGCAAGGGCAGUCCCUUUAGGAAUGUGGCUGGAAAUAUUUUAGUUUCAGUGAAGCAAUAUAAAUCUAGAACACAGGGUAGAUUAAGAGAAUACCACAAAGAACCUCACUUCUGACCAGUGUUAUUGAAAAUACUACUGAUGCAAACUGUUAACUUCUUGUCUGAAUCCAAAGUAUAUUUCUGUUCAGUGUUCACAUCAGAUUUUCAAGUUAAUUAAUUUGCUUCUGGUAUGAAAAAGGAUGAGGGCAGAAACAAAAGCUGGAACUUGCACUAAAUUCUUUUAAUUCACAUUAACCUCCUGAAAACAGGCAUCUUGAUUUUUCUGCCUGUCCAGCAUUUACAGACAAUGCUCAUGCAUUCUAAAGUUACCUGCCAGGUGCCCAACUAAGAUUGCACAGAUAAGCAAGGAUGUUCUCCUUGAAAGCAUAAAAAUAUCUUUUAAAUUACACUUUAAAAUUAAAAAGUUUAAAAAUUAUUUAAACUACAGUAUUUUGAUUGGUUUUUAAUUAUAAACUUUUUACAGUAGAGACCAGAUCCCUUUGUAUAUUCAUAUGGUGACUGGUACCAGGCAGUUCUGAUCCUGACUGCUGCCCUUUGGCUGUCCUGCCUGUUUAUUAUUUAUUUAUUGAGAAGCAUUUGAGAGAAAACAUUCCUCAUGGUUUUCUUCAGUAUCUCUGUGUAAACUUCCUUGAAGGUACAGAUUAUGUUUUUUUCCAAAGAUUGCUCACAAAGAGCAUGUAUUUCAAGUACAUACAAAUGUGUAUUGCAAGCCACAUGUAAGCAACAGUUACUUGGAUUAGAUGUGCAUAAUAGCUGUAAUGCUGAAUUCCUGCUGUUGCAAGGUCAAGGGAAAUCUUAACUUUGCAUGGAGUUGGACUCAGAGCUGAGAGUUUACAGGUAGGACUGGUCCAGCCAGUCUGCUAUAAAUUCUUUGGACGUUUAGCUUUGUGGUAUUAUUGGAAUAAAAGCAGAACAGCACUGUAUCUGAAGAAAAUGCAGGUUGUAAUGGUUCUGGUUUAUGUAUUUUUUUCUAUUUUCAGGUAUGCUGCUCAGUAUCUUUAUGCAUCCGUUAUAUAACAGCUGUAAGUCUAAAGCUUUUAACAUGCUUUCAGGCACUUCCUUUGUGGGAGGUAGUUGGGAAGCAAGACCUAAACCCAUCUUUCCUGUUCCAAACUUUCUGGCUGCGCUAUUAUAAAAUAAACAAUUCUGUCUUGCAGUAUUUCUUAGGGAAUGGCUAUUUCAUGGUGCAAGAACACAAUUGACAAAUAUAAAAUUAAUGUGGCUCUAAGAAAACGUUAACAUUUGCAUUGUUAUGCAUUUUCUUGCACCUUUAGCACUUCAGGGGCAUUAGAGUGAUCUGUUCCCAUCAUUAGAGUACUGCACACCUUUUGUUACUGUUCUAUUUAUUGUACCACCAAAUGCUAAUUACAUCACUAAAACACUCAGAAUCUGGAAAAUCCAGUCCGACUGAAUUUGUUUUCUAACAGCCUAAGAAACAUCAAGCCAGACUUAGAAAGGAAAAGCUAUUUGCAGGAUAUAUUUACACCAUUUUAAAAUAUUUUUGCCAAAAUUUCAUGAAACAUGACUAGAUUUCUGCAGCACAAGCAAUCAGUGUUGGAUUUGAAUUGCACACUUACUAUUCUUUUUUCACUAAAUGUAAGUAUCUUCAUCAGACCACUUGAACAUAGUUCUCGCUAUCUACUUACACAACAUUUUCUUUUUGAGCAGCAUUUGUUUACUGCUGAUCCUUUUUUGUUCUCUGAUUGGAGUAUGCUUGUGAUGGAACCUACCGUUCGGUAAAUUUUUGAGAUUGUAAUUUUAAAAAAAUUU